AUGGCAGUACCCGAAGGCGGUCCGCAGACGCCGGAAAACUCUGCACGGAAUGAGGCCAUCUCAAUAGCCCCAGGUCGGAGACAGAACCACCCAGCAGAAACCCUACAAGCCCUAGUGGUUGAAUUUCCCUCAUUGGACAAUGGCAAAAGAAUUACAUACCAGAUGGUUGCGAGCCUUGUUAGCAGCCUAAAGAAAGUCAUCACCCAACAGACCAACAUAAUCGAGCUAGCAAGGGCAGAAAAAGAACUGAACUGCGUCCGGAUCAGUACUGCACAGCCAGAGGCAACGGAUAACAAUGGAAAUAAUAAUGACAACUUCACAAGGUUCCUGCCUACUAAUACUGCCAACAAACAUAUCAGGACCGCCUUAUCAAACACAGAAUCCACCAAAGAUGUACAGGUAGCAGAUGUUGGCACUACUAAAACAGGCUAUAUAAUUAGAUUCAGAGAUGCUCAGUCGGCCGAAACAGCCCAGAACAACACCGCAUGGCUGGAAGAAUUGGGGAACGAAACCAGGCUGGUCAAACCCCGAUUCGGCAUUGUGGUUCACCGAGUGCCAACGGAGGACUUUGACUUGGAGAAGGAAAAGAGAGAAGGGAUUGAGAAGAUCAUGGAAGAGAAUGACCUGGCCGAGAAAGGAUUUAAAAUCGAGGAUAUUGCAUGGCUCAAGAAGAAGGAUAGACCGCUGGGAAAGGCCACAUCAAUGGGUAUCUGGCUGAAUACACUAGAGGCCGCAGAAUCAAUUAUUAAUAAUGGCCUCCUAGUUGGACAAAGAUACAUUGGAAGUGUGGAACCCUACAAAGUUAAACUAAAGAGAUGCUACCACUGCCAGAAGUUUGGCUAUCUAGCCUGGUCAUGCAAAGAACAGGUAAAAUGCAGCCACUGCAGCGGCCAGCAUGAUCAACGUAACUGCCCUCCAGGCAUAAGGCUAAGGGCAGGAAUGGAAGCCCUCAUUAAUGACCACCAGAGCCAGAACCUUAAUCUACUUUUGAUCCAAGAACCAUCAGUUACUACAUACCGCACCCAUGUGAACCACAGUGCUUGGCAGCUAUACCAACCAACAUACCCAAAUACUGACGAAUCCACCCGAUACCGCAGCCUAAUUUAUUUCCUUAUCUUCUUAGUGUACAUCCUACCACUGGAUGCGUACCAAGCCACUAGCACGACCGCUGCUGAACCGAUACUAGCGGAGAUUAAAAACACCAUUGAAAAGUAUACCAAGGAGCCCAAUAAGACCACAAGGCUUAUUCUAGCUGGAGACUUCAAUCGACAUCACCCGGCAUGGAGCCACCGCCCCGUUAGCCAUGUUUUUACAUCUCAAGCGGAAGAGUUAAUAAACUUCUUCCAGACAUACAAACUCCAAUACCUCCUAGGGAAGGCAUCAGUCCUUGAUCUGACGCUCACCAAUGACCCUGCAAAACUUAUGAAAUGCCAACUCUAUUGGGACAACUAUGGUUCAGACCAUUGCAGAACAUACUCCGAAUGGGACCUACAACUAGAACGCAAUAAAAACCCAAAACCAAAGAGAGCAUAUGACAGAGCGGAUUGGGAUAAAAUUGGCUCAGCCUUGCUGGAACUACUUGGUCAAGGACCUGAGAUAAGCUCUGCCGCAGACCUCGACUAUGAAGUUAACCGACUAGUUGAAGCAACAAUGACAGUCCUUGAUCAACAGGUGUCUCUACAGAAGCUAUCCCCCUACUCGAAACGAUGGUUCACCCCAGAGCUCAAAUCCCAACAGGUUAUAGUAAACCAAGUUCGUAGGAGAUGGCAGAGCAGCUGUGCUACCCUAGGCAGCAGCCACCUAAUUACCACAUCCCUCUUCAACGACAUGUGUCAUAAACGACGAGAAUGGACUAGAACCAUCAAGAAGAAAGUAGCAACAUACAUGCGCCCACGAGACCCCUAUACAAAUAUCCCGCCACUAAAAGUGGGAUCCAAAGAAAUCACCGAAAACAACGCAAAGGCCAAAGUGCUCCUAGAAACCUUCUUCCCGAAGAUGGCAGACCCAGAAAUAGAAGACCCAGUACUACCCUUAGAGGGAAUACCAUGGUACCCAAUCACCGAACUGGAGGUACAUCGGUCACUCAAAGCCGCUAAGGGAACAAUGGCCCCGGGGGAGGAUGGGAUCAUAACCCUUAAGAUGAUCACGUACAUCUUUGCAAGAUUAGUAGAAUUAGGCCACUAUCCUCACCAGUGGAAGCAAGCGAGAAUCAUAGUGCUGAGGAAACCCGGGAAGCCAGACUAUGGGAAGAUACUAGAAGCUGUCAUGGCUUGCAGACUGUCAUUCUGGGCUGAGUCCUAUAAACUACUUCCAGACACCCAGUUUAGAGGCCGGCCAGGACGAAACACAGAACAAGCGCUCCUAACCCUAGCAAACGCGAUUGAUCGCGCAUGGCUACGGUCAAAGGUGAUCACGCUGGUGGCAUUUAAUCUCACAGGAGCAUUCAAUGGAGUGAAUAAUUCAAGCCUUGACGCCUGCCUACAGGCCAAAGGCAUCCCAACCAUAGCCAGGCGCUGGAUCCGGAGCUUCAUAGAGAAUAGCCAGUCGACCACCAUGGCGGCGCGUCAGCAUUUAUUGACGACUAUUUUUGAUGGCGAGCCGGAAGAGGAUAUCCCUCGUAUCAAGGCAUGGGCCCGACGAACGGGAUCCUCGUUUAAUGUGAAGAAAACAGAACUAAUCCAUCUAAUAAGGUCCAAAAGACAGCACAGGGUAGGACAGAUCACAAUAAAUGGGACGGUAAUCAAGCCAAGCGAUACAGUAAAGCUUCUAGGCGUGAUCUUUGACAAGGAGAUAUGGUGGAAGGAACAUGUGCAACACCUUCAUCCAGAGCAGAUGAGACAAAUCUACCAAGCAUGCGUGACACCAAUCGUGGAUUAUGCAUCCACCGUCUGGCACAACCCACUAAAGGAUAAGAUACACCUGAGAACGCUGGGAACUGUGCAACGAACCACCCUUAUUUGUAUUCUCUCUGCCUUCAAGACAGCGUCCACGGCAGCCCUAGAGGUGGAAGCCUAUGUGCUUCCAACCAAUUUACGACUUAAACAACGUGCCUAA